AUGGCCGCCCCCAACAUUACCUCGGAUCAAUCAGCCCUUCUCUCAUUGAAAGCCAAAAUCACUGGGGAUCCUCACGAAAUCUUGGCAAGCAACUGGUCGGCUACUUCCUCAGUUUGUGACUGGAGAGGAGUCACUUGCGGCUCCCGCCACCGCAGAGUCACUGCCUUGAAUAUCUCCAACUUGGGCCUUACCGGCACCAUUCCUCCACAACUGGGCAAUCUCUCAUUUCUCAUGUCCCUCGAUAUGAGCAGGAACAACUUUUACGGAGAACUUCCCAAUGAAUUGAUUCGUCUGUCCAGGUUACGAGUCCUUAGUUUAGGCAUUAACAUGCUUAGCGGAAAUAUUCCCUCUUGGGUUGGUUCCUUCCAACAACUCCGACAAUUUUCUCUAAAGAACAAUAGCUUUACAGGCUUUAUCCCACCUUCUAUCUCCAACAUGUCAAAGCUAGAGACGUUCAAUCUGCAGUUUAAUUCUCUACAAGGAGCAAUACCAAUGGAGAUUGGGAAAUUAAAAAAGUUGAAGCAAAUUCUCCUCGACUUUAAUCAGCUUUCCGGUUUUCUGCCACUGGGGAUGUUCAAUAUUUCCUCACUGGAAGUUAUUGCUCUUCAAAAUAAUAGCUUAUCUGGCAGUCUUCCAUCCAGCAUAUGUCCCCGUCUUCAAGGACUCACAUGGCUAGACCUUGGCUUCAACAAAUUAAGUGGUGUGAUACCACCAUCGUUAUCGGAGUGUUCGAAGCUUCAGGUACUGAGGUUGUUUGCCAACAACUUUAGUGGAGUGAUUCCGGAAGGAUUUGGGAACUUGACGGCGCUAGUGGAACUAUUUCUUCGGGACAACAAUUUGAUUGGAGUGAUACCGGAAGGAUUUGGGAACUUGACGGCGCUCAAGCGACUACAUCUUCGCCGGAACAAUUUGAUUGGUAGUAUUCCGCAAGAGCUUGGCAACCUAAAGCUUCUUGAAGAACUUCUUUUGGGCUUCAAUAGCCUAACUGGAUCCAUACCAGCCCAAAUAUUCAACAUCUCAACACUGCAAGUACUGGCCCUAUCGAACAGUACGCUUUUUGGAAGACUUCCACGCUCCAUGGGUUAUGGAUUAAUCAACCUCGAAGGACUUUAUCUCAAUAUGAACGAGUGUGAUGGAGUAAUACCAGCCUCAAUCUCAAAUGCAUCUAAAUUAACUGUGUGGCCUUGA